CCGACUAUUUUCGCGAAGACGUCGUGUAUGGUGAACCCUUUUAUUUAUGGACUGAGCAACGCGGUGCUGCGCCGCGACCUCUCCCAGCUCGUCGAGCGCUGGGUGUACAAAAACUCCUGGCAAGACGCGGCUGGCAACGGGCUAAGGCGUCGACGCGACAGCAACGCAGACGGCAGUCAUUGCGGGAAUAUGGCGGUUGGAAGGAGCACGUGUCAGGGCUGUCAGAUCUCCAGGACUCAGGCGGAGAUAUUGGACAGAUCGAUGCACGAAUUCCCUUGUUCCAGCAGCACCCAAGAGAGAGGCGACUGCAGCGCUCGCGUUGUGGAGAUGAAAGGACACGAGGCACCAAAAUUUAUAAGUUUAACAGAAACAGCGUGCUAGUUUUUGGAGCAAGAAUUCUAUCAUAAUUUUAAUUAAGAAUAAAAUUACUGCGAUGACUGUUGAUUAGGAACUAAGAAUAUUUAAGCUUUGACAAUAACUUUCGUUCAGUGUGCGUAAAUUUCGUCAAUCAAAGUAACCAGUUUUAUUUUGAUAAGUUUCAGUAGCCACGUAAUUAUGUCAAUAAAUUAUUUGGAUCAGCAUUUAAAUCAUUUACUAAAUUGCCAGAACAGAGCAGGGUUGCACGACAUUGAUUCGAUGAGUUCGAUUGCACGGCUUCGUCAAUAAGA